GUUUAUUUUUGUUUUGUAAUACAUUUUGAUAUAAAACGGGAUUGAAACUUAAAGGCGAACACUAUACAUUUCGAAGUUUUUACGUUUGUAUACACAGAAUAAAAAAACCUUAACAGCUAACGUCAUCGCUCGAAUAGAUGUGAUGCAGUCCCAGAUUUCGAUCAUCUUGAAAUUUUUGUACACCAUCGCAAGUCAGUAUGACGGUUGAGUAUAUCAGCUCAAAAAUUCUUUAUAUAAAAAUAUAAAAUUUCUUACGAAAAAUGUGAUUUUGAAAAAUUGACAUUUCAAAAUAUAGCUGAUAAAAAAUACCGUAAACAAUUAGAAAAUUCCGGAAAAUAUGUGCAUAAAUUAUGGCAAACAGCGAAAAAGAUUUGUGUGUUGAAAAUAUAACGGCAUGUACUGAAAACAAAUAUGGCGAUGCAGAUGUUGUCUCGAAAAAGCGAAAAUUACAUAAGAUCCUGGAGGAGAACGAAAUUGUCCUUGAAUGUAUUGAAUCGGGCAAGUCAGACGAGGAAACACUGUAUUCCAACUUUCAUAAACACGCCAACGAAAAUUGUCUUCAUAGUUCAUUUGUUGACGACGAUCCAAAAGCCAAAAACUAUAAUACAGAAGAAAUGCCAUCACGAUUAGAUUCAGCCUGCGCGAUUCCGAAUAGUAAAGCAACAUGUGCCAAAACUAGAGUUGUUUUUGUUUCAAAUAAGCCAUCUGUUUCCAGUAAAGGCUUUGAGAAUAGCUUUAAAAUUCUGCAGCAACAGAUUGAGAACAAGUCCCAACAUUUGUCUAAUUAUAUGAGCCACCCGAUAUUCUUGUCUCUCGCGAAAAAGGAGCCCAGAGAAGAUGAUCCAAGUCGUCUAGAAUUGGAGUUGGAGGCAAUGCAGCGCCUUCAGAGCGUAGUACACAAGUUAGAAUCUGGACAAAAACAUAAUGUACCAACUUCGUUGUUGGCUUUGUUUCAUGCAUUCGUGUUGAAGAAUUCAUCAAAGCAAGACCUUACCGAUGAUUCAAGUCAUUCCUGUGUUUCGGAUCAACAACUGAAAUUAAUAAAUAGCGGUUUUUCUUCAGAUCUUAUGUAUUAUAUUGGAAGAGAUCCGGAUGGUAGAAAAUGUCUAAAAACAAAGAAAAUUUUGAAUCAAGAAGUUCUAUGUGGUAAUCGUGUAAGUCAAAUGACCCGUGCAUAUGAUGAUAUUGAGGCUGUCACACGCCUUCUCGAAGAAAAAGAGAAGGAUUUGGAGUUGACGGUACAAAUAGGGAAAGAAUUGUUGACGCAGAAUAAUGCAUUAGAAAAUAGAAUAGCCGAUUUAGAAGCUGAAUUAAAAUCAGCUAAUGAGGACCGUUCGCAGUUGCUACAUGAGCUACACAAGAAAAAUGAACUGAUAGCUGUUUUAACAAAUGAUUGUGAGGAUUCUAGUGAUAAUGAUACCCCAACCUUCUCCAAGUCCAUCACUUUGGAUUUAUUACAAAAGAAGAUUGCUUCACUUCAGGAUGAAAACAAGUCACUUAAAUAUGAAGCAUCUCAAUUGGCCUGUCAGACAGAUGAGGUUGAGGCUCAGGAGCGGAGGCUUAUGGACGAUAUAGCAUCACAGCUAAACGACGUCAAUCAGCAGUUCGAAGGACUUAGCUUAGAACUGGAAAGGCAACGUGAGGAGAAUCGUUUGCAGCAUGAACAAAUAGUAAGCUUAACUUCGCGAUUGGCAGAAGCUGAAAUGAAACUUCAUCAACUGACACACGACAACGAUGAACAUAUUACACUUCUAAAUAUUACAAAGGAGAACCAAAAUAGUCUGGCAUUAGAACUGGUUGAAUUCAAGCAAAGAUAUCAAGAGGUCUUGGCUCUUUUGCAAGAAGCACAGGAACAGUUACGAAAACAACGAAAGAAAACUAUGCCUCAAGCUCGUAGUUCCUUCAUGUCUUCAAUUUUGCAGCCGGACUCCUUGCAGUCAGAAUUGAUGGAGUCAUCUCUAUAUUCAGAAAAUAGUCUUGAUUCUGGAAUAUCAGGUGAUAAUCAAAGAAUAAAUGAUCGAAUUGGUCGUUUGAUGUCAAAUCAACCGAACACAUCAUGUGGAGUGGCCUACAAUGGCACAAUGAGUACGGUUUAUGGAGGCGGGGGUUUACUGCAGCCAUACAAGAGAGUAUUUGAUACUGUUCGGUGUGCAACCAAAAGCGGAAACUUUGCUGAUUUGGACAGUACUUCAAUGACACACCUUGGAGCGAUGUCUAUGAGCACAGCAUCAGGCCCACGCAUGUCUACUAUGGCUAUUGGAAGUACAUUAACCUCCUCCAACAACACUUUUGGCGCUGAAAAUAAUGGUAUGGGCGAUAAAACAAUAUCCUGUGAAAGUUUAGCUUCUCAAUCUGAAGAUGGUUAUCCCUUGCAACCAUCAGGGGUUCCUGGAGCUCCCGGCGCAAAGGAACUUGAGGCUGCUUUAAAGAGACUUACUCCAGCAGAAGUACUUGCUCGAAGGGCUAUGCUUUCAUACGCACCUGCUGGUACAUAUAAUUAUGACGAUGUUCAAACUACAACUGCAUUUCCAAUGGGACUGCGCACACCAGACAGCAUUAUGUCGACCGGAUCAUCUGGUAUUUCCUCAUCAACUAACAUGUCAUCCUCUGUACAUCAGUGGCGAUUACCAGAAAAGCUGCAAAUAGUAAAACCUAUUGAAGGUUCACAUACAUUGCAUCAUUGGUCACAGUUGGCUACACCUACCCUGAGUGGUCUUUUGGAAGAAAGACCCGGUGUGACAAUUCGCGGGGGGCGAGGACUUGACGAUUUAGGUAUGCAGGUAUACACUUUGUCAGACGUUGAAGAAGACAUAAGCGAAGAGUUACCUGGCAAGCAGUAUGAAGCGUCUGGAUGUACAUAUACAUUCACGACUAGUAUGGUAAUGCAUCCCGACGAUGGUAUAUCAACAGAUCUUUCAUUUUUAUCACAGUCCCAAGUAUCUUCAAGAACUGCAUCGGCAUCAACGUCUCGACAGCCAAGCUGCCCACCAACACCAAGAGCUGGUCUUUCGCGCAAAAAUUCCUGUUCAACAUUCUCGGUAAAUUUAGGCUUAGCGUCUAUGUUGAAUGAGCGAGGUAUCAAAGCUGUAACUCCAAGCGCCUUAAAUACACCUGCUGGGCCAAACUUUUCGCCAACUGUAACACCCUGCAAUAGUCCUGAGGGGUCUCCUACGCGAUCCAUGUCUCCGGAACCACUAUUUGGACUACUUUCAUCAGGAGCUGAAUUGAUUCGACGCAAACUAGUGGGCGGUGAUAUAGAAAGGCCUAACCGCAAUCAACAGCAAAAGCAGCAAAAAAUUAUGUUAACAAGGCUUGAGAGGCGAGCUUUAAGGUCCCUGCGUCUGGUUGAAAGGGUUGAAAGCAUAGGUUUAGAAAAUAUAAUAACUACACAACCAAACACAAUGUCCCAGUUGGCUAGCGGAAUAGCAAAUCGGAGUGCAAGUCCAAUGGCUCAACUAACAAGCCUUAAAAAUAUCCAUACAAAUUCAAACAAUAUAGUAAGCGAUUUACAUUUCAAUAGAGACCACAUAAAGGAUGUGCUUCAUAAAGGUCUUAAUUCACAAAGCAAUCUUCCACCAUCAUCAAGUUUAAAAGAGACGGCUCCAGUUUCCAAACUAAUAAAUUCUGAACUAAAUAUUCAAAAUAGGGAGGGGAUACCGCCAGCGGAUCAUGAAGUGGAUGCACAAAAAACUAUUGUGAACAGAACAACUUCUGAUGUGGGCAUUUCAAACGUCCGAGCCAAACAAAUGCAACGGCAAAAGUCAAGGCGAAAUCUCAAAAACGGCCAAAGACCUGACUUGGGUACCAUUGGCGGACGAGUGCGUACUGAUUUGGGACAUGUGUCUCCUAAACAGUCGGAUCAAUCUACCAGCAGUAUACAUAAGACUUCGUCUAGUUCGAAAAGAAAUUCUACCCCAGAAAAACCAGAAGCUAAAGAAGCUCAGCAAAGUAUUGCACAAUCUUUUGUGGGUACAGUGAGUUCCUUAUUAUUUGGUCGCAAAGGAGGUUGGCUGUAAAUAGCUAAAUCACAAUGUGUAAACACACACAAAAUACGUUUGUUUUUCGGCCUUUUGGCUGCUAAAAAAUAGAUCGAAGCAUCAAAAUCUGUCUAACAGCUUCAUCCCCUAGCCAGUACACUGCUGUAUAGUCCGUUAGACGCGGAGUCAUUUAAAAUAGCAUUUUGAGAUUUACAUUAUACAUUCAAUUGUAUAAGAAAGUUUAACAUAUCUCAAAGCUGAGAUAACAUGCACUUAUUUUUACAAUUUGUUUUAAAUUCGAAGUGUGAACCGCUGUUUAUCAUAGUUGUACUGUGAUUACGUAGUUAGUUAUUCCUGUAACAAUCGUGUGCCCCAUUUUCAUUCUUUCGUUAAGCAUACGUAGAUACGUAUAAACAGCGACCGGUGCUACUCCCCAAAAACUUAUGUUAAUUCUUAUUUCUUUUAGUUAUGAUAGCUGUCAAAUUUUAUCCUGCCUGAAGAAUAUGCACCACAACUAUUUUUAACCCCCAAGAAAAUGGAAUGUGAGGAAUGCACAAGCGUGGCAAAAAGCACCGACUAACGUUUUUCUUUACGCUCUCAGUUCAGAUAAUUUUCUUUUCGGUCAUUCUAAAUUUUAGCGUUAAUAAUUUUGCUUCCAAAUUUAUUUAAAGAUGAAGAGACUUGGUCGGUAUUGCUUGCCAACUUCAAUUAAGAACACAGUACAUUGUGCUAAUUAUUAUCUCUUUAAUCAUUUCUAGUCCAGCAUUGUAUAUCCAAACUAUGCGUAUUUUUAAUCUUGUUACUUUUUAACUCAUGUUUCAAAAGAAAUUUUACCGAUAAUAUAUAUUUUUGUAAGGUACAAUACUUGUGUAUAUAAGGUAGUUGAAUACUGAUGGCUGCUUGCGUUUCUUCUUUCAAGUUAAUUGAAACUUGUUUCAAGUCAAGUUUCAAAAAUAUAAUAUGUCAUACCUGUUAACAAAAGUCUAAACUACCUUACUUAAUUUAAGUUGUGCGUUUGCCAAAUGCCUUUCUAUAAAAUUAAACUGACAAAUAAAAAUACCAAUUGAAACGAAGCACCUAUGUUUCUUUUAUCCAAAUUUUAUUUAAGUAUGUAAUAGUUAAAAUUAAGAUCUGAAAACAAAGAUUCUGGCGACCUCUCUCUCUCUUUCAAUUUACUGACCACAUAGCUAAAACAUCAAUCGAAAUUAUUAUGUAGUUUUUUGUUAUAAACUACAAAACUAUAGUUGAAUUUUGUGAACCUUUUACAUAUUAGUUUGUGAGCUUAAAGUUAAGAUGCGCAAUGCAACAACUGUAAAAACGUGAAGAUACUAUUAUAAUGUGUAGAAAGUCGACAGAAAAGUCGAUAAAGUUUAAAAUUAUUUUUAUGCAAUAAAAUAUUGUUGAAACUAUAAUAA